AUGAACCAGUCCCGAUGGAUUGAAUGGAGGACUCUGAAUAUGAGCAGUAGUGUUAUGAACAUAUCUGAGCACCUCUCCUGCCCUCUUGGAUUCGGUCACUACAAUGCAGUUGACAUCUGUAUCCUUGAGACAGUCGUUAUUGUCUUGCUAACCUUUCUGAUCAUUGCGGGUAACUUAACUGUGAUAUUUGUUUUCCACUGUGCUCCACUCCUGCACCAUUACACCACCAGCUACUUCAUCCAGACCAUGGCCUAUGCUGAUCUUUUCGUUGGAGUCAGCUGCUUGGUUCCUACUUUGUCCCUGCUGCACUACUCGACAGGUGUCCACGAGUCCUUGACUUGUCAGGUGUUCGGAUACAUCAUCUCUGUGCUCAAAAGCGUCUCCAUGGCCUGUCUGGCUUGCAUCAGCGUGGAUCGCUAUCUGGCUAUCACCAAGCCUCUCUCCUAUAACCAGCUGGUCACACCUUGUCGCUUGAGAAUCUGCAUCAUUCUCAUCUGGAUCUACUCUUGCCUCAUCUUCUUGCCUUCCUUUUUCGGUUGGGGAAAACCUGGUUACCAUGGAGAUAUUUUUGAGUGGUGUGCUACCUCCUGGCUAACUAACGCCUAUUUCACUGGCUUUAUCGUGUGCUUACUGUACGCUCCUGCUGCCUUUGUCAUAUGCUUCACCUACUUCCACAUCUUUAAAAUCUGCCGGCAGCACACCAAAGAGAUAAACGAGCGGCGCGCGCGCUUCCCCAGCCACGAGGUGGAUGCUGCUGGGGACACCGGGCACAGCCCCGACCGCCGCUAUGCCAUGGUCCUGUUCCGGAUCACCAGUGUGUUCUACGUGCUCUGGCUCCCUUAUAUCAUAUACUUCCUGCUGGAGAGCUCUAGGAUCUUGGAAAACCCCGCGCUCUCCUUCUUAACGACGUGGCUUGCUAUAAGCAAUAGUUUCUGCAACUGUGUGAUCUAUAGCCUCUCCAACAGCGUUUUCAGGCUGGGACUGCGGAGGCUCUCGGAGACGAUAUGUUCAUCUUGUAUGUGUUUAAAAGACAGGGACGUGCGGGACCCUAAGCCGAGGAAACGGGCUAAUUCCUGCUCCAUUUGA